AUGUCUUCUCAUUCACGAUUAUCACUCUCAACACUCUUGCUCAUCCCAACAAUAUCGACAUUCAUCUUACAAUCCCUACCAGCCUCCGCAUAUAUACCCGCAGUAGCAGUCAAUGAUACUUCAGGAUUAAAUUUCACCGAUUCUUCUACCAUCGCCAUAGCCUGGACAGAUCCAGUAGGAACGUACAGUGGAGCAGUAUCGUUUCAACUUCAAGCGGACAUAGCAACGGGCGGCACUACUUCUGGAGCUUUGGUUCAUUUCUCAGAGAGUAAUAUGGGCGUAAAUCUUACAACUUCAACACCGUGGAUAGCGUAUAUAAGUUGUGAUGUGAAUGAGACCACCGCGAGUCAAGAAUGGGACAUCUUCACAUUGGCAAGAGACAGAGGAGCUGUGUCGGCUCUACUCUAUACAUCUCACUCGCAGUCCUGCUUACUCAAUCCAGAAUAUAUCACAGAUUUCGAGAAGCCUUUAGAUGUAUUCGCAACGAAGACGGUUCAGGUCGCAAGACUGAUUGAUAAUCAAUUCGUACAUACCAAUGACACGUUUGAGAAUUAUAACGGGACUUUGUUGAAUAUAUCUGGCUCGGACGUGAAUGAUUCGCUAGCAAAUAACGCUCCAUCAUAUAAGUCAUUUCUCAUGGGUACUUUGACCGCACGUAAUUCGACUGGUCAAGCGACCGCAACUGGCAUACCCAACGCCUCGCCGUCAAACGACUCAUCGUCUGGUGGAGGAAACAAGAAAACCUCGUCACCUAUGAUCGUGCUAUAUACCAUUACUGGAGUGGUAUCUUUCAUGUUCAUAUUCAUGUUGAUAAUGGGAGCUAGAAGAGCUAUGCUACAUCCCGAGAGAUAUGGACGAAGAGAAGGUGAUGACGAGCAAGGACCUCAAAGUACCGCAAGAGGAUUAGCACAAGCUGUAUUGGAUACAUUUCCAGUCAUCAAAUAUAACAAGAACAAUGAAAGACUUGUCGGAGGACCACCGUCCAAGAGUCCUUCAUCGGAACAUAAUCUCGAUGGAAUGUUGUUGGGACAAAUGGUAUAUGAUCCUGAAUCGGGCGGUACUAGGCGUACGACCCUCGAUCGAACAGAUGCAGGUUCUUCCAAAAGUGCAGUGGCUCAUAUAUCAGAAAGAAGAAUGUCGUCACUAGCAAGUGGAACUGGAACUCCGAACCAAUCGAUCGAAAUGGAUCAAGAAGCUGGAACGGGAAUAGGGAUGGGAAUGGAUGGUCAACAAUGUCCUAUAUGUUUGGUAGAUUUUGAACCUGGAGAAGAUCUGAGAGUACUACCUUGUGAAAGAGAACAUGUUUAUCAUCAGAGCUGUAUAGAUCCUUGGCUAUUGGAAGUAUCGUCGUCUUGCCCUUUAUGUCGGAAAGACUUCAAUGCACCUCCUACGUCAGUUGUAUCAACAACGCGACAGUCGGGUGAUGCUUCUGCGCCCUCGCCGCUCUCAUCCACUCAUCCUGCAGAACAACAGCCACAGCCUCCGACACAGCAUGGUUUCGCACGUUAUUUGGCCUUCAUGAGAAGGGAGAGAAGAGAAGGAAGAGCCUCCCGAAACAGAGUCGAUAGUGGCGUUGGCCAGGGCAGAAGGAGAGAAGCAGAUCAAACGGGUCCCGGAGGUUAUUAG